AUUUAUUAUUAAAAUAAUGGUUGACGAAGAACUAAUUAAAAAUAUUCAAGCGACUUUCUCUCUUUAUGGACUUAAAUUGUCAAGAACACUCGGUCAUUCUAUGGCCAAAGAAUUAUUAAAAAUAAAUGAGUCGGAGAAAGAUCAAUGGCUUACAGGUGUAAUAGAGCAAAUAUUAACUCAAAAUUUGAAAGAUCCACAUGUGGAAGUUCAUCAUCUUAAAAUUGCUAUAACAGAUUUUAUGAGAUCAGAUAUAUUGAAAGAAACUGAGACAAGAUUAAAUGUUAUUGAUGCAUUUGAUAUACCAAAAAUAUCAUACGAUCUUAGAAAGAAAAAAUUUGUAUUGCAUAAAGUUUCAAUGAACUUAUACUCAGAAGUAACACAAAAGACUGUAAUUUUUAAAGAGAGGUUUGAAUUUAUAAAAUACAGAGUGUUAAGACAUGAAUCAUUUCUUUUGCGAUUUUUUGGAGGAGAUCUAAUAUCCAAAAUAAAAUUAACAGAAAUUGAAUCUUUGGAGAGCUUGAAUAAAGCUGAAAAUCUUUAUUUACUAGGGCUUAUAUCUGAACUUUCUGAAAAUCAAUAUUUCUUGGAAGAUCCAGGAGGAUCGAUAAGAAUAAAUUUGAAUAAAGCAAUUUUUCAAGAUGGUUUAAUUCUUGAAGGUUCUAUAGUAAUAGUUAAAGCUAAUUUCUCUCAUGGGAUGUUAAACGUUAAAGAAAUUGGAUUUCCACCAGCAGAAUCAUCUGAAAAUUCGCGGGCAGAUUUUGGAGAUGUUAAUACAUUUGGUGGACCUCAUCCCACAUUAUUAAAACUAUCUGAAAAGUUGAAAACACUUGAACAAUCCGAUGAAAGAGCAAGGAUGAUAUUUCUAUCGGAUUUGUGGCUUGAUCGUACAAUUGUAUUAGAUAAAUUUAAACUUUUGUUGGAAGCAUUUAUAGACUUUCCACCGUCAGCAUUUGUAAUAUGUGGAAAUUUUUUAAGUUUUCCCGAAAAUGAAUUCAGUCCAGUGGCAAUGAAAGAUGGUUUUAAGAAAUUAGCCGAUUUAAUAGUUCAAUAUCCAAGCAUAAAAGAAUCUUCUAAAUUCAUAUUUGUACCAGGUCCUUGCGAUUUAGGUGCACCGAAGAUUGUACCAAGAAGACCAUUAUCUAAAUUUACAAUCGAAGAUAUCGAAAAAGUUAUACCUGGAGCUAUAUUUGCCAGUAAUCCUUGUAGAAUUCAGUAUUAUACUAAAGAAAUUGUGGUAUUCAGGGAAGAUAUGUUGAUUAAAAUGUGCAGAAAAACUAUACGUUUUCCUAGUGAAAUUGAAUCAAAUAUACCUAAUCAAUUUGCUAAAUCUAUUAUUUGUCAAGGACAUUUGAUUCCUUUACCACUCCCAGCAAGUCCUGUUUAUUGGAAACACGAUUAUGCCUUACGUUUACAUCCUACACCUGAUGUAAUUGUAACCGCGGAUCAGUAUGAACCAUUCUGGAGUAUUUUCUCUGAUUGUCAUGUGAUAAAUCCUGGAUCAUUUCCAAAUAGUAAGUUUUCAUUUAAGUGCUAUGUACCUGCAAACAAUGCGAUUGAAGAGUGUGAAGUUUAAAGUACGUAAUAAUUUUUUAAUCAUAUUAAUUAUAUAAAGAAUAAAAUAUUACUAAAUAAUUUUCCUGAAUAAGUUGUUUCUUUUUUAAAUCAAUCACACCCGAAAGUAUUCAUCAGUUAAGUAUUUAUUAAUCUUUUAAAUAACAAAAUCACGUCAGUUUACAAUACUUAAUAAACGUUUAUCUAGUUUAUAACUUAAGCUACAACAAAUGUUAACGUUGUGAUUAUAUGUAUGUAAAAUUAAAUAAAACGUAAACAUCGAAAAUAAUUUAUAAGUUCAUGUAUCGAGGAUAUCAGGGUACAUUUUUAGGUCCUCUAUAUUCAAUAAUACAACACGAAAGAGUAUUUCAAAAAUAACUUAUUAAUGUUUACUAACAUUUUGAAUACAUCCAAUAAGUUUAACAUUGUAAAAUGUAAUACAUAUUUAUGUAAACUCUCCUUAUCCUUCUUUUCGUUUAUAAAUGACAAUAAGUUUUGAACUAAUAACAUAAUUUUACGUAUUAAAAUUUUUUUAAAGAACAUGAUAUAAGUAUUAAUUUUUUAAAAAUCUUUUCCAUUAUCGAUUUUUAUAAAUAGGUACGUACAAUACUAAACAUUGUGGGCUCCUACAACUUCACAGUAUAUAUAUAACAAUAUUACAAGUACAGAACGGGUCUAGAUAUUUCUCAUCAAUACUCGUACUGGAAGUAUGAAUGAUUCUCGGUAAAUUAAUUGUGGCGUUUUUGUUUGAAAACAUAUAAUUUAAUGAUAAAACCAAUAAUGCCACAUGAGAUUGCAUAACGAAAAUA